AUGGGAAGAGUGCCGCUUAUCCAGGAGCCUUUUCAAGGAGUCGCCGUGGAUAUGGUAGGUCUGAUAGAGCCUCGGGCGAAUGAUGGAUCGCGGUAUAUUCUUACGAUUGUUGAUUACGCGACGCGUUACCCGGAAGCGAUCGCUUUGAAAAAUAUUGACACGUGCACCGUUGCAGAAGCGUUACUCUCGGUUUUCAGUCGCGUUGGGAUCCCGAAAGAAGUUAUGUCAGACAGGGGUAGCCAGUUUACAUCAGAGAUGAUGAGGGAAUUUAAUCGUUUGCUGUCUAUAAGGAGUUUAACAACCACACCGUACCAUGCGAUGAGUAAUGGUCUGGUUGAAAGGUUCAAUGGCGUUUUAAAAAAGAUGCUGAAGCGUAUGUGUCAAGAGCAACCGAAAAUGUGGCCGCGAUUUAUAGAUCCGCUUCUAUUUUCGUAUCGCGAAGUUCCGCAAGCAAGCACGAAGUUUUCACCGUUUGAACUUGUCUACGGUCAUUCAGUGCGCGGGCCACUCGCCUUGUUGCGCGAACUGUGGGAGGGCGAUCGAGAGGCAAUUGAGGACGACACGCGGACCACAUACGAGUACGUGAUUAAUUUAAGGGAGAGGUUGCAAGAGACGUGUAAAUUAGCGCAGGAGGAAUUGGAAAAAGCUGGAGACAGUUACCAGUAUUAUUAUGAUAAGCGUGCGCGCGAGAGGGAGGUUAAUGUCGGAGAUAAAGUGAUACUCCUACUUCCCACUAGUCAUAAUAAACUCCUUUUGCAGUGGCAAGGACCAUUCAAGGUCAUUAAGAAGGCCAACAGAUAUAACUACGUGCUAAAUGUAAACGGUACAGAGCGUAAGUACCAUAUAAAUAUGAUCAAGCGCUAUCAUGAGCGGUUCGUCAAAGUAGGCGACAGUAAACAUAAUAAAGAUGUGGAACGCAGUGAUGCAACAUGCGAUGUUGAAGUAAUGCGUGACGUGAUCAGCGGUAAGAGUAACGUUGACGAGAAUAGUGAACAAGAGAAUGGAGAUGAUUCAGUCCUCGCUUACGUGGCAGUAGUUUGCGAAGACCACGACGAGGGUGGCGAAGUAAUUACCGUCCCAAGUUAUGUACAGGAGGAAGACGUGAGUAACGUAAGAGUAAAUGAGGAAUUGAGCGCGGACCAGAAACGCGAUGUGGCGAACGUAUUGUCGGAGUUUAGCGCGGUAUUCACGGAUGUCCCGGGAAGAACAGAUGUCAUUGAGCACACGGUUAAUCUAACUAGUGAUAGGCCAGUAAAUACUAAACAAUAUCCUAUUCCUUAUGCGUUGCAACAGAAUAUCGCAGAUGAAGUAGAUCGGAUGCUCGAGUUAGACGUGAUAGAGCCUUCAACCUCGCCUUACUCGAACCCGCUAAUCGCUGUGAAGAAAAAGGACCGGAGUGAUCGCGUUUGUUUAGACAGUCGCAAGAUAAAUAAGUUGACGGUAUUUGAUUCUGAGCCCAUGCCAGAUCAGGACUUGAUAAUGACUCGUAUUAGCGGCAGUCGGUAUUUCACAAAGAUUGAUCUUUCCCGCGGGUAUUGGCAAAUCCCCAUAGAUGAACAAAGUAAGCCAAUCACAACAUUCCAAACGAACAAAGGGUUGCUGCAAUUUAAAGUUGUACCUUUUGGACUAAUUAAUGCAAGUGCUACGUUCAACCGUAUGAUGCGGAAAUUGUUCAACGAUACCGCUAACGUAGAGAUGUUCGUCGAUGAUUUGUUAGUUCACACGAAAGGAUGGAAGGAACACAUUAAAACGUUGAUAAAAGUUCCUAACAUUCUGGCAAAUGCAUCGCUCACCGCUCGUCCGUCGAAAACGGAGAUUGGGUAUUUUACCAUAGAGUACCUGGGAAGCGAUGUGGGGGGCGGGAUGACGCAAACAACCGCGGAUAAGGUAAACAAGAUAAUGGAUAUGGCUGUUCCGAAAACUAAAAGGCAAAUCAGAUCUUUUCUUGGUCUAACAGGGUACUACCGACAUUAUAUACCCGAAUAUGCCACAAUUGCCGCGCCUCUUUAUGAACUAAUUAAAAAAUCUCAGCCUAAUAACGUAAGGUGGGAAAUUAGUCACGAAGAUGCGUUUAACAAGCUAAAAGAAGCGUUAAGCACUCGUCCUAUUCUUAAACUCCCCGACAUGUCUAAAGACUUCGUGUUGCAAGUUGACGCUUCAGAGGUAGGAUUAGGUGCGGUGCUUUUGCAGUAUAAGGAUGGGCAGCGUUGGCCAGUACUCUACGCGAGUAAGAAAUUAAAGGGAGCCGAGCGAAAUUAUUCGGUAAUCGAGAAGGGAGUGUUUAGCGGUAGUGUGGGCCGGGGGUAUUUGUCAGGGCAAAGGAAUCAUGAGCCUGUUCAAAAGAUUCCUCCCAGAGUGGGGUCUUUAGAACCCUCAGGCAGGGCUCCUGAGGCCUCAGCGGUGACAGCUGUCACCACAUCCACAGGGGAUUCCAAGUUCAAGCCCAUUUUGGGAGCUUUGAUAAUGGACCUCAUGGAGCAGUAG